AUGAGCUCCAGACGGGAGCUGACGAGGCCGACCUCGUCCAACGUGCGUACCGGCGCCGCAGCUCGCGCGAGCGUGCGCCCGGGGACGCGCACCUCCAACUUGCGGUACCAGAAUGCCCCCUCCAGGAUGGGAGAGCGCGCCGCCUCGCCCGCAGAGUCCGUCGCCUCCGUCGCCACCACCGCGACGAAGCGCAAGGAGCGCGACUACGACUUCGACACCCCGGGACAGGAGACCAACAUCAACGUCGUCGUCCGCUGCAGAGGCCGCAACGACCGCGAGGUCCGCGAGAACAGCGCCGUCGUCGUCCAGGCCGACGGCGCCAAGGGCACCAAUGUCGAGCUGAAGCUCGGCGCCAACGCCCUGAGCAACAAGACGUACAACUUUGACCGCGUCUUCUCUGCCGCCGCCGACCAGACUAUGGUCUUUGACGAUGUCGUCAAACCCAUCUUGGACGAGAUGCUUGCUGGCUUCAACUGCACCAUCUUCGCCUACGGCCAGACCGGCACCGGCAAGACCUACACCAUGUCCGGCGAUAUGUCGGAAACCCUGGGCCUCCUCUCCGACAACGCCGGUAUCAUCCCCAGGGCUCUUCAGGCGCUCUUCAACAAACUCGAGGUCGACGACACCGAGAGCUGCGUCAAGUGCUCCUUUAUCGAGCUUUACAACGAGGAGUUGCGCGACCUCAUCGCCGUCGAGGACGGCCCCAAGCUCAAGAUCUUUGACGACACAUCGAGGAGGCAUGCCACCACCGUCGUGCAGGGAAUGGAGGAGAGACACAUCAGGAACGCCGGCGAGGGCAUCAAGGUUCUUCAGGAUGGAAGCUUGAAGCGCCAGGUGGCGGCAACCAAGUGCAACGACCUCAGUAGCCGAAGUCACACCGUCUUCACCGUCACCGCCUACGUCCGAAAGAAUGGCGAGGAUGGUGCCGAGGACUACGUCAGCGCUGGCAAGCUCAACCUGGUCGAUCUGGCCGGUAGUGAAAACAUUCAGCGGUCCGGCGCCGAGAACAAGCGAGCCGCCGAGGCCGGCCUGAUCAACAAAAGUCUUUUGACGCUCGGCCGCGUCAUCAACGCCCUCGUUGACAAGAGCCAGCAUAUCCCUUACAGAGAGUCGAAACUAACUCGACUGCUACAAGACUCCCUUGGUGGCCAGACCAAAACAUGCAUCAUCGCCACCAUCUCGCCCGCCAAGAGCAAUCUGGAGGAAACCAUUUCGACCCUCGACUACGCCUUUAGGGCAAAGAACAUCCGCAACAAGCCGCAACUGAACGCCUUGAUCAACAAGAGGAUGCUUCUUAGGGACUUUGCCACCGAGAUCGAGAGGCUCAAGAGCGAGCUGAUCACCACCCGCCAGCGCAACGGCGUUUACCUCUCCAACGAGUCGUACGAGGAAAUGACGGCGCAGAGCGAGUCACGACGCAUCGUCAUGGAAGAACAAGCCGCCAAGAUGGAGACUCUCGAGAACAACCUCAAGAACAAGGUCCAGGAGCUGUUUGCCCUGACGUCCAGCUUCAUGGGAUUACGCAAGGAUCACGAGGGCACCAAGGCAGAGCUCGACGAGACGCAGGGCGUGCUCGAGCAGACGGAGCUCGUUCUCAAGGCGACAAGAAGGAGCCUGGCAGAAGAGACGCACCUCCGCAGGGCCCACCAAGAAACCGAGGAGAAGCUGGCCGAGGUCGGCGGCGAGCUGAUUGCCACCCUGCAGAAGACGGUGAACGAUGUCGAUGGCCUCCGGGCCAAGAACAAACGCAAGUCUGACCUCCAGUCCAUCAACCGGAGCGCUUGGGGUACCGCACAAGCCGAGGUGAGCGAGGUGACAAACCUGGUGGAGCAACGCGUGCAGAGUUUUCAAGACAAGCAACGGCAGAGCAUCUUGGGCAUUUCCGAGCGCAUGAACUCGUUCGUCAGCGAGGAGCUGCGGAAGCUUUCCACUACACAAGAGUUCCUCGACGAGCAGCUGGAUUCGUUUGCAGCAUCACGCCGAGAGCUCUUGGAGCAGAAGGAGAAGUCCAAGGACGAGAUGGACGACGUCCUCGAGGAGAUCAAGGUCGUUCGCGACACGGUCAAGCAGCAGGUCGGUCAGAGCCUCCAGGCCAUUGCCGGUGCCGCGGAGCGUAUCGCUGCCGAUGUCCUCAGCGAGCUCGACACUUUUCACAGCCAGCUGCACACUUCGUACAGCUCCUUGGGCAAAGAGUUCAAGGGCAUCUUCGAGGAUCUCAUGACGCACAUCACCACACAACGAAGUGAAUCCGACAGGCUCAGGCAACAACUCCAAAACGCGACCGAUACGAUUGUCGAGCAAAACGAGGACAUUUCCUCGCAGAUGCAGCGGGUCCUUGACGAGGAGAGGAAGCAGGCGGCUCAGGACCGACGGAAUCUGUUGGCCCAGAUCACCACUCUCAUCAAUGCUCAGGCGGAAACCCAAGAGAGCAGGCUGGCCGAGAAAACGGCGCACCUCCAGAAGAGCGUCCUAGACUCGAACGACUCCUUGCAAGGCAAUAUGGCCCAGUACUCCGAGGACAUGGAGGUCUGGGACGAAAAGGAGGGGCAAUUCUUGGACGAUAUGGCCAAGUCGCGCGAUGCCAUGAAGAGCAAGCUGAAGGAUGACUGGAGUACCGCCGAAGAGCACAGCACGGCCAUCCAAGCAACGACCAAAUCCGUACAUGCCGAGACUGUCCGCGUUGUGGACGAGCAGUUGAAGGACCUCGAUGUGCAGAUGGAGGCAUUGGACGACUUCGUCACCCGUGCACGCUCCGAGAACGCCUCCCACCACGAGCGGCACGGCGAGUCCGUGCAGGGCCUGUCGUCGACCGUGGAGAAGUCUUUCGACAGCAUCGCACGCCACUUCAAGUCGACGUUUGACCGCGUCAAGGACCUGGGCGAGGAGAUGGAGACGGAGACGGGAGAGAUGCAGCAGGGCCUGAACCCGUUGACCCAGCAGCUAUCGAAGCCGCUGGCCGCCUUGCGUGAGGACAUUGAGUCCACGACCAUCCAGGAGUACCGUCCCACGGGAGAGACCCCCGUGAAGGUCCAGUACCAGUACCCGACCAACCUCCCCCGGACAGAGGCCCACGAGGCCCUCCUCGCCGAGCUCGGCGAGGGAGCCACGCCCACCAAGGCGGGGUCCGACCCGGCCGUCUUCUCGGACAAUGAAAACGACAUGCCGCCUCCUCGCUCACCGCCAGCGCGCGCGUCGACCCGUAUGUCGGCCCUCAGCAUGAUUUCGGAGAUGCCCCCUUUUAACAUGAGCCUUCGCGAAGUGAACCCCAACACCGCCGGCAGCGUCGGCUACGACCCGUCGGCCAGCAUCAUGUCCAUCAACGAGCACACGGCCCCGCUGCUCUUCAACAAACGCGCCUCGGCGAGGCACGUUGUGGCCAAGGGCCGCAAGCAGAGCAGCCUGCUCCCCAUCGAGGGGCGCGAGAACGUGCCCCCGGCGUCGUUCUCGUCGAGCCUGGGACCUCGCAGGAAGAGCCCCCGACUGAACUAG